GAAUGCCAAUGAGGCUUUUCCUAUAUACGGAGAAGGGGACUGAGCCUGCCACCUCAGUCAGGAAGAGCAGCUACCGUUUGAUGUCACCAUGAAACCCAAGCACAGUGGGGCUGGGAUCCGUUCUGCCAAGCUACAGUCUGGAACUGGAGGACGUCUCCAGACUCCUGGAAGCCAAAGGCGCUAGAAUGGGAGUGGGGAGCAGCUCGGCAUUCCCCGGGACUGGAUUGUUUGCGUCACCUGCGGGGCUCGGGAGAGGGCUAUAAAAGGGGCUGCAGCCAUUGUCUGUGGCAGAACAGAGCCCAGAGGCAGCUCCCCCCGCCCAGCCGUGCCCGAUCCCUCGCUGCAGUCCCCGCCGAUCCAUCAUGCAGCUGUUGGCCAGCCUGGUGUCCGUGCUGCUGCUGGUGUGGGGCGUGAGAGCCAGCGCCUUGCCCGGCGAGGAGGGAGCCGCCGUGGCGAACAGCAGGGAGCAGACCAAGGCCCGGAAGGAAAUGAUCCUGAAGAUGCUGGUGGGUCUCCUGGAUGGGAUGGACACGGGGCGCGAGGCAGCUUCCACUGACUUUGAAGAGCCCCUGGAGAGCAAAUUGGAGGAGGAGCGGCUGGCUUUGGGGCAGUUAGCCCAGCUAUCACAGCGAGACCGCAAAGCCCCCUGUAAAAACUUCUUCUGGAAAACUUUCACUUCCUGUUAACCCCCAGGCCCCACUACCAGCCCUGGAUCCAGGCCCCCUCAGAUUUUCCCUGUCCACUUUAGAACACAAGAACUGUAUCUGCAUUGUAAAUAGCAUCCACAUGUCAGUGGUUUCUGUUUUCCUCAAAUGAUUUGAGCUCUGUUUGUUUAUUACUCCAUUCACAAAUAAAGCAUGGCUGAG